GUAUAUGGGAGAAUCUAGCUCUUAUAUUUCAAUUGCCAGUAGGUGGCAACAUUGAUUAGUUUGAUUGGUAACAUUGGAGAAAUAGACAAUAUUGACAUGUGUUCACAGAGGAAUGGUAAUGAUGGACAACUAAAAUGGUGGUUUCUGAAAGCAAUUUUGAAUUUUAGAUAAUUAUUUUGUACAUAAAUAUUUGUCUAAUAAAUGUUCACUUUUUGAUUAUUUGCUUUGCCAUUUAAGUGUCAACUCGAGUUGGUAGUGCUUUGGAAUACAGUGCCUGUCAGUUUAGGUGAAGAUGUCAUCUGACGACGAAAAACCCCCUGCACCCCCAGUUCGACUCACUUCAAACAGAGGCACGGAAUUUGUCAACACUAUCACCGUUGAUAGGCCGCUUCCAAAGGAACCCGAAGAUGCAGAUAGGAAAAAGAAAAACCUAAAGACCAAGAAAUCAUCCACUCUGUCAAAAUACUCUUCUGAUAAGCCUAAUAUAUCAUAUCCAACCAACUUUGAGCAUACAGUGCAUGUGGGCUUUGAUCCAAUAUCCGGGGAGUUUACUGGAAUGCCGGAAGCAUGGUCCCGUUUGCUAAUGAACUCUAACAUCAGCAAACAGGAGCAGAAGAAUAAUCCGCAAGCUGUUUUGGAUGUUCUUAACUGGUACGACAAUAGUUCCAAGGAACCGCCGAGUACUAAGUAUAUGACCAAAACUACGGCUACUACUCAUUCGGGUUCAUCUAUAAGUCGAGUAUCGAGCUCUAGUCCAAGCAGUACGACACCAACAGACACAGAAGGCGCACCGCACUCGUAUCACAGCCCUGUGCACGCUCCUAGCUCAGAGAUUGAAGAUGAAGUUCCUCCGCCACCUAUUGCGAGUCGACCCGAGCGUACUAAGAGUAUUUAUACUAAACCUAUUGAAGAUGAAAAACCAUCAAACGCGAACGCGUCGCCUCAUAGCCUCAGCCCAUCACAUAUAACUACAACAUGCGCAGCGUCAGCCGCAGCAAAUUCAAACAGUACAGGAAAUGCUGCGGCAGUUUUAGACCGCAACAAGAAUCCUCCCGGUCCAGAAAUUUCUCGCGGUGCUUCAGAGAAGAGAAAGAAAAAAAUGUCAGAUGAAGAAAUAUUGGAGAAAUUACGAAGCAUUGUGUCGGUUGGGGACCCCAACAGAAAAUACACAAAAAUGCGCAAGAUCGGUCAAGGCGCGUCUGGCACAGUUUACACAGCAAUUGAAACAGGUACUGGAAUGGAGGUUGCAAUUAAACAAAUGAAUCUGUCGCAGCAGCCUAAAAAGGAACUGAUUAUAAAUGAAAUUCUAGUCAUGCGAGAGAAUAAGCACAGUAAUGUGGUCAACUAUUUAGAUAGCUAUUUAGUUAAUGAAGAGCUGUGGGUUGUAAUGGAAUACUUACCUGGUGGCUCACUGACCGAUGUGGUAACAGAAACAUGCAUGGACGAAGGUCAAAUUGCUGCAGUAUGCCGAGAGGUGCUACAAGCUUUGGAUUUCUUACAUUCGAAUCAAGUGAUCCAUAGAGAUAUUAAAUCAGACAAUAUCCUGCUUGGUUUAGACGGUUCAGUGAAACUAACGGAUUUCGGAUUUUGCGCACAAAUUAGUCCGGAACAGUCCAAAAGAACCACAAUGGUGGGUACUCCGUAUUGGAUGGCACCUGAAGUGGUGACAAGGAAACAGUACGGACCUAAGGUGGACGUUUGGUCGUUGGGAAUCAUGGCAAUAGAAAUGAUCGAAGGUGAACCACCCUAUCUUAACGAAAACCCCCUUAGGGCCCUGUAUCUGAUAGCUACCAAUGGAAAACCUGACAUUAAAGAAAAAGAAAAACUGUCAGCGCCUUUUCAGGACUUUUUAGAUCAGUGUCUAGCUGUGGAAGUUGAUAAGCGGUCAUCAGCGCGAGAUCUUCUCAAGUCAAUACAUUUGCAGCACCCCUUUUUGAAAUUGGCACGACCACUGGCAAGUUUAACACCAUUAAUUCUAGCGGCCAAAGACGCCGCUAAGCAACAACUAACUUAACGCUAAGUUAAGUGUGUCAGUCCUAAAUAGGCUGCAUAUUAUUACUGUUGUUAUGUGACAGACUAUAUCCUAUGUUGCUAGGAAUGCGGAUAUGUUUCUAACCAUUUAUACAUGAUUAACAUUUAUGUUUCUCCAGUAUCACACAUUCUCCGGCCUGCGAUGCAGUGGGCAAAAUAUCUUUAUAUGAGCUCGCUAUAUGCUCGUGUAAUUAAAUAAUAAUUUGAUAAGUUCAAAACAUUCAUCAAUUUCAAAUCAUCCUGGAUUUUCUAGUUGUUAAUCAGGUAAGACAUGGCAGAUUUUUUUAUUGCUUGAAUUAGAGGUUACUUUUAAAAACUUCUUUUAUAAAUUUUACAUUACAUUUUCUAGUAACAUAGGUUUUUAAAGGAUGUAAGCAUUUAUUAGAGACCGUAUGUAUAAUUGAUGAGAUUGUGCCUAAUUUUACAAUAAUAUUCGCGCAUAUUGUCUAUAACGACGAAAACAAUUUUCAAGAAAUGAAUUGGAAUGCUGAUUUCACUUUCCAAUUGAAUUUCGGAGAACUACAGACGUAGAGAAUAAAGUUUGUUGAAUUUCAUACUGAAAUAAUGUUUGUGUAAAGCCGAUCAUUUUCUGGAAACUUUUCUACUUGCAUUUACCGAUUAGAAUUGGUUUUAUUUCUGUUUGGAGCAAAAGAGUGUGACCCUUGAUCUAUGAACAACAUAUUAAUUCCUAGUCAAUUCGACUGUUGGUCGGUCUGAUGGUGGGGCAUUUUUCCAGUUAUUCGUCUUUAGUUCAACCUCCCGACGAGAACUCAAUUUAAGUCCUUGCAUAAAAACACAAGAGACUAAAAUUUAAUUGCCUCCUAUUCAUAUAAUGCUUAAAAUGUGAAAGACAAAAUGCUAGAUUUUCAACUGACAAAAGAGAUAAAUAUGAACACUUGCAACCAAUAGAAAAAAUCUUAUGCAAAUGCAAAUGAAUGUUUUAAAGCAAAAUGGACAAGGGCAAUCGAACCAAUCUCGGAAUCAAUUGGUAUAAUUUUUGCGGUGUGACAUCAUCUCGUUAUUAAAUGAUUUUAUUAUCUGUAUAUAGAUAAUUUGUGAGCUUUAUUAGGUGUAAAAAGUUUUGUACAUUUAUUUUUGACGAUUUAAUUAGCCAUAUCAUGUACGUUUCCGUUUUAUUACAUAUUUUGAAAAUGAUUUUAAAAUAAAGUAUACUUUUAUUACUGGCGCGAGCAAAAUACUCUAUAAUGAAGCAUGUCAGAAGCAUCCAUCGAUAUGAAUGUGAGCGUUAUCCGAAGAAAAACUAGUUAUAGUAUUUUUGCACUAGUAUUUAUGAAACAUUGUGAUUGCGUAGACAUACUACUAUUGUUGCCAACAAGAACAGUGUGUGGUAUUAAAUUCUUUUUUAAUAAUA